AUGUCUGGGUCCAGUGGUCUUGCAGUGGCCAGGGUCUGGAGUGAUAUCCAUGGCUCCUGUUACCACAGAGAGCUCUACAGAUGCCCAGGGUCCAGUCAGCCAUCUGAGACCAUGUUGCUAUCCAAGGGCCAUGCUGCACCCAGGACCAUACUGAUCUGGGUGACCUAUGCUGCCACCAGGGCCAUUGUGACAUCUAGGCCCGAGCUGCUGCCAAGGGCCAUGUAUGGGUCUGUAGUCCUGCUGCAACCGGGGUUUAUGAUGAUGUCCAUGGCCAGCAUUAGCACAGGAGAUCACAGGAACAAGUGUGCAGUUCACCUAGGCAUCACACUGAAGCUGACCCUAUUGUCUGGUAUGCAGAUCAAGUCUAGCACAUGUAAUUCAGUAGACAGGAGAGGACUCUUCCUUUGCUGGAGGUUUCGCCUGGUGUGCAUUGCUCAGACCACUCAGGGCCCCUAUAGCAAUAUUCCUGCUUCAGGUCAUACAGUGUUCUCCUUUAAGGAAGAAGAGCUGAGGAAGAGCGGAGAGGCCAAGUAUGCACACCUGAGUGAUGAACUGCACGUAUUAAUUGAAGUCUUUGCUCCACCUGGGGAAGCUUAUUCCCGGAUGAGUCAUGCCUUGGAAGAGAUUAAAAAAUUCCUGGUUCCUGACUACAAUGAUGAAAUUCGUCAAGAACAACUCCGAGAGUUGUCUUACUUGAAUGGCUCAGAAGAGUCUGGCCGUGGCCGAGGUCUUAGAGGCAGAGGAAUCAGAAUAACUCCUAUAGCUCCUUCAAGGGGCCGUGGGGGUGCUAUUCCUCCACCACCACCACCUGGACGAGGUGUUCUUACCCCUCGGGGGACCACUGUGACCCGUGGAGCUCUUCCAGUGCCCCCAAUAGCGAGAGGUGUCCCUACACCUCGUGCUCGCGGGACAGCAACAGUACCCGGGUACAGAGCACCCCCACCUCCAGCCCAUGAGGCUUAUGAAGAAUAUGGGUAUGAUGAUGGCUAUGGGGGUGAAUACGAUGACCAGACCUAUGAGGCUUAUGAUAAUAGCUACGUGACCCCAACACAAAGUGUGCCUGAAUACUAUGACUACGGUCAUGGAGUAAAUGAGGAUGCCUACAACAGCUACGCACCAGAAGAAUGGGCCACAACUCGUUCCAGCCUGAAGGCACCACCACCAAGGUCAGCCAGAGGGGGAUACAGGGAACACCCCUAUGGUAGAUAUUGAAGGUCCUCUUCACCUGUGACCUCCUCAGAGACAGUUCAUAGCCUCUGGUCUCCACAUAAACAGCAACAAGACAAGUAUACACAAACAACACAUAAAUGGUAGCAGCUGUGAUGGGCUAAGGAGGAUAAAGGGCUGAAUAGUAUUCUGCUAUGCAUAUGGACUACAUUUACUUUAUCUGUUCAUCGGUUGAUGGCCAUUUUGGUAUUUCCAUGUCUUGACUACUGUGAAUAGAGCUGCAAUGAACGUAGGAAUGCAGACUAAAGAAGAAGUUAAUUUGUCCCAGGGCUGAAAAAAAAUGGCAUCAUAAAUGAGAUGGGAUUGGAUGGAAUGAUCAGAUGUGGAGAAAAAGUAAAACUGUGACUCAUCUAACCUUCAUCCAGCUGUGUCAUAAUUGCCAUGUACAAGACAUCAUACUGGAUGCUAAGUAUAAAUAAUCACAGAUAUCUGUAAAUCAGGUCCCCACCUACAGGACUGCAGAAUCUGGAGGAAAAAUAAAGAUUGAAAUGCACAGAGAACAGUAUUGAUUUUUAUUAUUGAAAUAUUCAAAUGGCAACUGAGUUAUCCAGUACAUCAAAGAAAUUAUAUGUUGAAUAUGACACAGAUUUAUUGAUACUGCCAGAAGUCCAGUGAGAAUGGAGGAUAAAAUCCCUUGCAGCUUGAACUAAUGGAGUAGGAAAUUUCUAAAUGCCAUUUGUUAAUGAAGACAACACACUGCUGAGGAAAAUUCAUAGUGUUUUGUGGCUGAUGCAACUAACCUGAAAUAAAGCUUUUUUGGAGUACAAAAUAAUGAAAAGGUGAUUAAGCUCAAGUUUGAAAAAUAAAUAAUUAAGUACAAGUUGUAUUUAGAGGCCAUAGAGCUUUCGGUGUUUGGGGUAUAGUUAAUAAAAAUGUAUAAAGGAAUAAUGGAAACUCCAGCACAAUAAAAAGUAAUCAAAUUGCCGAGAUCUUCAAAUAAAAAGGCUGUUUCAUUUUGGAGAAAUGCUAUUUGAAUACACAAAUGAAAUUAAUAAAACAUGAUUUUGGAAAUGUA